GUACAUACUACAUGAUGAUGUAGCCCUUCUGAAUGCCUGGCUGCAGCAAAUUCACGACUUCCCGACAGCAAGCACUUCAACAGGGCAUGGCGUCCACUUCGUCUUUCUUGCAGCCUUGCUCAUUGCCCCAGGUCUUUGGCUCCCAUCCUGCGACGCGGUCCUCUUCGAUCAGAGUGCCCUUGGUUGUCAGCGCUUUUGCGCCAUUUGACCAAUCCCCAAUAACGCCCCGAAACUUUCGGACUACUGAAAAAGCUCGUCACACAUUCUCAAGCAGGAAAGCGUAUAACUGCAGCAAACCAUUUUUUCUUCUUGGGAAAGUCGCACUGGCAUCGAGUUUUGUCAAGAUUGCAAGACUCUGCUCAAACAAAAGCUCAAAGCAUUUUCUCAGGGGGUUGGCAGGUAGCGCAGCAAGCUUGCAAAUGUCCAUUGAUGUGGCGCAGUAUGACAAGGAGCGAUUAGAACUGGACCAGCAGGCUCGAGAUGAAAUGCAGGCGCAAGCGGCUCUCGCGUCCAGCAGUGAAGACGAAAAGCCGGGCGCCUGGAAGUGGGCCAUCCGGAAGAGCAUAUGGGACAGAAUGGAGAGCGAGAACAUUGCCGCCAACCCUCGGCCAGUGCACCACCGCAUCCCAAACUUCGUCGGGGCGGACAAGGCGGCAGAUCAGCUGGCCACCCUUCCCGAAUAUGUCUCCGCAAAGUGCGUCAAAGUGAACCCGGACACGCCCCAGAAGCGUGUGCGCUACCUUACCUUGACAGAUGGCAAGCUGCUCCUCACUCCGCAGCCCCGUUUGCGCACGGGCUUCUUCUCCAGCCUAGUUCUUUCCAGCAUCCCAGAGGGCGACAUCAACACGGCGUGCACCAGUGCUGGGGUCGCCAAGUACGGGACGCCGCUCGAUUUGGACGACAAGGUUAAAGUUGAUUUGUUGGUCAUCGGCUCAGUCGCGGUGGAUCCCAAGACCGGUGCGCGGCUGGGGAAGGGAGAGGGUUUCGCCGAGUUGGAGUACGGAAUGCUCCGCUGGAUGGGAGCCAUCGAUGACGACACCCUGGUCGUCAGUUCGGUCCACGACUGUCAGCUGGUGGACAACAUCCCUGUGGAGAAGCUGCUCAUCCAUGACGUCCCGGUUGACGUCAUCUGCACCCCGAGCCGCAUCAUACGUGUUCCGCCGAGCAUACCCAAGCCGCAAGGCAUCUACUGGGACCGCCUUUCUCCUCAAAAGCUAGCCCAAGGCGUUCAAGCGACGUCCGGGAAAACGGUACCACAGCUUGCGACUUCUCGCGACGCUUCUUGUGCGGUCAGCUCCGCUUUGCGCCCGAUCAACCACCUUGAAAACCUUGGAAGGAGCCUGCGCGACAGCUUACGUAGAGAGGGAUGUCUCAAGGAGUCGAUCAUAUAGGUCCGAAUUUGCAGUGGACCGACUAAUUAGGACUAGGCCUGAGCACUUGCAUGCAGUGGGCGAAAGGUUACGAACCUAGUUAACGUACGGUAUGUAGGAUGCGCUUGCACUUGAAAGGCUGCACUUAGCAUCGUAAUAUGCGGUGUCAAGGGUAGAGUUCUCUGGGGUCUGAAGCCUGUACAACCUGCCUGAAGGUCCUCCUUUAGCAAACGGUUACAAUCUUGACUGAACCUUUUUGUGCGCCUUGAGGACUGGUGCAACGUUCA